ACAUCCUUCCGUCAAAAAUCAGCGAGAUGGAACAAAAAGCCGGCCACCGCUACUCGACCGCAGUCGGAAAACAGGAAUCGCCCGAUUCGUCGCAAGGGAGAAACGGAUCUUUACAAAGGGCGCUCCUACCGCAGAGAAUCGAACAGUCGGAGAGACACAUUCAGAGGCAGAGGCAAACAACAAUAACCGAGCAAUCGACCACAUCCUUUGGCGAAGGACCUUACCCUGGUGGCGACAAUUUUGUCAGGAAAGCCUUCCGCCUGAAAGGAGCUCCAGAGGAGUCUACAAGCACCAUACUGAAAUCGUUGGCACCUGCAACUCUCAAACAAUACAACAGGACCUAUAAGCUGUGGUGGGACUUCUGUAAGAAGACUAGAACUCAUCCUUUUUCUGCAAAUUCUACUGAGGUACUGCGAUUUUUGCAGGAUAUUUUGGAGAAUUAUAACCUAGGUUAUGGAUCCUUUAAUAGUCACAGGUCUGCACUUUCAUUAGUCUUAGCCGUCAACCUAGAGCAGUGUUCCUUAAUUAAGCGAUUUUUAAAAGGAGUUUUUAAGUUGAGACCAUCCAAACCUAGAUAUGAUGUUACCUGGAAUCCACAAAUAGUUCUUGAUUUUUUCAACACGGAAGAAGUCGUAGAUCUACAGACACUAUCGAAACGCUUAGUAACCUUGUUGGCACUGAUUACAGGACACCGUGUACAAACCUUUUCUGUUAUUAGAACGUCAAAUAUUGUUCGACAUGAGAAGGGAGUCAGAAUCUUCAUAUCGGACAAUAUAAAGACAUCCGGAUUGGAACGGUCGCAACCAGUGCUAGAACUACCGUUUUACCAGGUCAAUCCUAACAUUGCGUAGCUACCUUGCUGUUAAAAUACCUGAACAACACAGCAAACAUUCGACAUCCUGACUCGGAUCUGUUGUUUUUAACUUAUAAGAAACCACACCGACCAGCUACCAAACAGACCUUGAGUCGCUGGAUCAAAGACAGCCUCGAGUCCGCAGGCGUGGAUACGUCGAUUUUCAAACCUCAUUCCACUCGCCACGCUUCGACGUCGAUGGCUUGGCGAAAGGGCGUUUCUCUAGAGGCUAUUAGAAGAACAGCCGGGUGGAGUAAAAAUUCUGAAGUUUUCGCCAGGUUUUACAACAGGCCAUUAUAUCAGCAAGAUAACUUUGCAUUAUCAAUUUUGGAUAACCACGA